UAAAUGUAAAAUAUUUUUAAGCGAUAGGAAGUGAUUCAUUCUGUGUGUGAUCACCGGUUAGAGCAGGAAGUACUGUUUAUUGUGUGAAUCAUGUGUGAUUUACACAGACUGUUGGAAUGUUGUUUCCAUUUACUAAGUAUGGCCAGGGGACCUAUACAAACAAAAGCAUACACUUAAAGAAAUGUAAAAUGGCAGACGGAACGGACGUCAUGGCUGACUUUAGCACGUUACCUGACGUAGUGUGGGUGCGGAUACUGCAGUAUUUGCCCCUCCGUGACCGGCAGGAAGUCGCGAGCACCUGCCACUUGCUGCACGACGCAUUUAAUCACCCGUCGCUAUGGAGAAGACAGGUUUUGACGUUCAUUGGUGACAAAGAUAACUCAAGCAGAAAAGGAAUUCCAGUGUAUCCUGCCAGGCACAAUAUGGAGCUAACGAAACAAUUUGGGCAGUAUUUUCAGGAUCUGACGAUUCGCGUUAUUAGUCAUUUUAGAACAAUGAAUUCUGACCUGAGGGAAUUAUUAGUCCAAGUAGCCGAGAAUUGUCGUCUGGAAUCGUUAACACUGGACAUAGGCAAGCAGACGUCACAAUUUCAUAAACGUUACGGGUUUCCUCCGGACCCAAACGCGAUUGCAACAUUGGAGACAUUUGUGAAAACCGCGUUCCGAAUGAAGCAUCUCGCUAUCAUGUCUUGGCCUAUGUUUAAGGAUAAAAACGAAAGUUUAUUCAUGGCUCUAAAAUCAAACGAAAAGCUAAGGGACAAUCUGGAAUCUAUGACGCUCUUUUGGUUAGAUGGCGCGGAAUGGUCAGAAAGAGAACCUCUACUUCUGUCCGCAGACGACACUGUCGAUCUGGUAAGACAUUUCCCGUAUCUCACGUGCCUUGGCCUCAGGUCACCGAUGGUCAAUAAUGGCCUCCUGGAAAUGCUCGCCGAAACUUCGCGCGCAAAACUGAGGACACUGAAACUUGUUAUCCACUAUCUGUGGCAGAAACGAAACUUUGCUGUUCCGCAGAUAGAACAAAAAUCAUGGACAGCUCUUUUAAACAGAAAUCCGGACUUCAGAGUAGAAGUGACCGUGUUUUUGGCAACCCCUACAAUGGAGUUAGCCAGCAUGCUUACACCGGAAGCGCCCGUUUCGUACUUCCGUUUUAUUAAGUACUCGAAGCUGGAGUCAUCAUCAUUGGUCAAGAUCUAUACCCAGUACAGCGGUACACUAACAACCUUUCAUAGUCUGUGCGACUCGUACGAAAUGGACUCUGAGCUGAUCCUAUUGUGUGAAAAAUGCGAGCUUCUGACCGAUCUGAUUUACCAUGGUGAAAUAUACGUGAACACCGUUAAAUGCAUUUCGAAGUCACGCGGUAGGAAAUGGAAACGAUUCGAACUGAAAGAUUCGAGCAUAAAAAUACACACCGAAUUUGAUAACAUAGACAACGAUUUGGUUCUGCAGCGAAACGAGCAAGGUGAGCUGAUCCAGUUACGUUUGCAGCGGUUUCUGGCUACAGACGACGAACAGCUGCGGACGAUGAGAGAGGAAGUGUCGUCUGCAAUUGGGGAACCAUGGAAACCAACUGUAGUGAAGAGCUAAGACGCGUCAUAGAAUUUCUUUAAAAUAUUUUAAUUCUCCCCGAAUUUUAAUUUUUGUGAUAAAUUACAAUCACAAUAGAAC